CUUUCGGCGCGAUCGGUGUGAUAGGGUGUUUCUGUGACCCAAAUAACAAAAAUAAACAUCGUACACAUUGUUAAGGUUUCUACGCCACGCAAUUAGCAUUUGUUUUUGUGAAGUUUUUCGAAGAAAAAGUGGCAAGAUAAAAGGGCUUCGAAAUGUACGGCUUCGUGAAUUAUGCUCUUGAGUUGCUGGUAAUGCAGACAUUUGGAGAAGAAACAUGGGAGACGAUAAAGAAAAAAGCAGAAGUGGCUAUGGAGGGGUCAUUUCUCGUGAGGCAGAUAUACGAAGACGAAAUCACUUACAAUUUGAUAACUGCGGCUGUAGAAGUUUUGCAAAUCCCUGCUGAUUCUAUCCUAGAGCUGUUUGGGAAGACUUUCUUUGAGUUCUGUCAAGAUUCUGGAUACGACAAGAUCCUGCAAGUGUUGGGUGCAACUCCUCGUGAUUUUUUGCAGAACCUGGACGGUCUGCACGACCACCUGGGUACGUUGUACCCUGGAAUGCGUUCCCCUUCAUUCCGCUGCACGGAGCGGCCUGAAGAUGGCGCCUUGGUGCUCCACUACUACUCCGACAGGCCUGGACUGGAGCACAUUGUUAUUGGGAUCGUUAAGACCGUGGCCAGCAAACUCCACAACACUGAGGUGAAGGUGGAGAUCCUGAAGACCAAGGAGGAGUGCGACCAUGUCCAGUUCCUCAUCACGGAGACUUCCACCAGUGGUCGAGUGUCGGCUCCUGAGAUUGCUGAAAUUGAGACUUUGUCUCUUGAGCCAAAAGUGAGUCCAGCCACAUUCUGCCGGGUGUUCCCGUUCCACCUGAUGUUCGACCGGGAACUGAACAUCGUCCAGGCUGGCCGUACUGUCUCCCGCCUGCUGCCCAGGGUCACUAAGGCAGGCUGCAAGAUUACUGAUGUUCUGGAUACUGUGAGACCUCAUCUGGAGAUGACGUUCGCAAACGUGUUGGCGCACAUUAACACGGUCUACGUGUUGAAGACCAAGCCUGAGGAGAUGAGCGUGACCGACCCUCAUGAGGAGAUAGCUUCACUCCGUUUGAAGGGCCAAAUGCUGUACAUCCCUGAAACUGAUGUCGUGGUGUUCCAAUGCUACCCCAGCGUGACCAACUUGGAUGAUCUAACACGCCGUGGACUCUGCAUCUCCGAUAUUCCUCUCCACGAUGCUACCCGCGACCUGGUGCUCAUGUCGGAGCAGUUCGAGGCUGACUACAAGUUGACCCAGAACUUGGAGGUCCUGACCGAUAAGCUGCAGCAGACCUUCAGGGAGCUGGACUCGGAGAAACAGAAGACGGAUAGGCUCCUCUACUCCGUGUUGCCCAUAAGCGUAGCUACCGAGCUCCGCCACUGCCGACCGGUCCAGGCCCGUCGCUAUGACCCAGUGACCCUACUCUUCAGUGGCAUCGUCGGCUUCGCCAACUAUUGCGCUCGAAACACCGACCAUAAAGGCGCCAUGAAGAUCGUCAGGAUGCUGAACGAUCUGUACACCGCGUUUGAUGUUCUGACCGAUCCGAAGAGGAACCCUAAUGUUUACAAGGUGGAGACAGUUGGAGACAAGUAUAUGGCAGUGUCAGGACUGCCGGAGUACGAGGUGGCUCACGCCAAGCAUAUUUCGUUGUUGGCUCUGGAGAUGAUGGAUCUAUCCCAGACAGUGACCGUUGAUGGAGAGCCUGUGGGUAUCACCAUCGGCAUUCACUCUGGUGAGGUGGUGACAGGUGUCAUUGGUCACCGCAUGCCUCGCUACUGCCUCUUUGGCAACACCGUCAACUUGACCAGCCGUUGCGAGACCACUGGCAUCCCUGGAACUAUCAACGUCAGCGAGGAUACUUACAGCUAUUUGAUGAGAGAAGACAACUUCGAUGAGCAGUUCGAGCUGACCUACCGUGGCCAUGUCUCCAUGAAGGGCAAGGCUGAACCGAUGCAGACCUGGUUCCUCACCAGGAAGAAGAUCUAAUCUUCCAUGACCUGGAUCAGAAGGGGCAUCAGUAUCAGGGACAAUCUGGUGGAGUGGAUUGAGGUUCUGAAAAGGAUUGGUAGGACCGUUAUGAAGAAGUAAUUCGUUCUGUAUGUGCUUUCUAUGAUAAACAUAGAACUAUGCAUUUCCUGUAAAAGUAGAGUAAUUUGUUAUAAUACUAUGUUCAACAUAAACACUACGCAAUUUAAAAGCAUUAUAACAAUAUGUAUGCAUUCAGAUAUGGUACGAAAUAUUAUGCCUAAUAUCAUUAUACUUACAACAUAAAUAUUAUUAUAUUCAUUACACAAUGAUAAUAUCACAAAUUCGAUUGACCUUUAACAGUGUUAACAAUAAGUAAAACAAUAUUUGAUAUCAUAGAGUGGCAUACAUUGUAAAAAGUGAAGUAAAUUAUUAUGAUAAAAGAUGGAAAAGUAAUUAGAAUUUUAAUUAAUAAUCUACAUUUGUUCUGUGUCUUAUUAGUUGAUGUGUUAGUAAGAAUAUAAAUGUAGUAAAAUUAAAUGUUAGGACCACUUUAUUAACUGUAUUUCAACAAGAUAAGGUUUGAUUUUGACUGUAACGACAUGCUGUAGUAAAAUCAACCGUUGCUUUCGUUAGUGUUAAAAUCAAUCCUUUUAUAUUGAACUAUCUAGUCUUAAAAAUGUUUUCAUGGCCU